ACUCAGAGCAUUCAUUGAUUGAGAGUUGAUGACAAAGGCCCACAAUGUCUGUUACCAACGGCCAUGGAAGUAGACCAGCGAGUAGCAGGACGUUGAAGCCACCAUCCAAAAAUCCGUCUGGGUCAACCAAUAUUAAUGGUUGCACCAAUUCCAAAGGCCUGGCGGCGUUGUUGGGGGGUCUGGUCAUUUUCACAGUGUUUAUCGAUGUCUACUUCUUGACGUCCAAGAAUUUGAGUUUGUCCAAGUUCAACAUUCGCCAUCGACAGCGACACAUGGGAGGAUACGAUAAAGCCGGCAAACACAAUCCCUCAUAUCUGUCCAAAAUGACAUGGGAAUCCAAGCGGAAAUUUGCCUUUCAAGACGAAAACAAUCAACACAAAUUGCCCGUAUUGAAGACACGAAACAAGGAAACAGUUUCCUCAAAACAAGAAUUCGGUCGAGCUCCCGUUUUGAAGGUAUUCGAACAAGCUGGGAUACCCCCAUUGAACAACACUAUUAUUGAGACGCUGCCCACCUGGGAUCAGAUUGUGCGCGUCAUUGGACCCAAACCAGUCAUUGGGGGAUUGGAUACAUGCGAAGCAUUCAAACAAUCGGUACCAGCCGUGGAACGCAUGUUGGGGAGCAGUGGCAUGUUCAAUACUGGCACAAACCUAGUCACUCAUUUACUCAAGAACAAUUGUAAGAUACCCGAGAGAGUUGAAAAGUAUGGUAUUGAUGCAUCCAGAGAAGCUCAUGGCAUGCGAUGGCAGGUACCAUGGGGCAAGCAUUCCCCGGCAAAAUACAAGGAGGAACACUCCACAGAAAAGGCAAAAGCAAUAAACAAAGAGUGGAUCAUGCCUGUAGUGACGAUCCGGCAUCCAUACAGUUGGAUGCACAGCAUGUGCAAAAAUGGAUACACUGCAAAAUGGCGCCACGGCUUUAAGGGGCAAAAUUGUCCCAACCUCAAACCACGUGGGCAAUGGAACGAAGUGACCACAAAAUUUGCCAAUGGCCGUACCGAAUACUCGGAUUCACUGGCCCAUCUUUGGAAUGAUUGGUACAAAAUGUACAUUGAGGAUGCGAAAUACCCGAGGUUGAUUGUCCGUUUGGAAGACUUGAUGUUCCAUGCCGAAGAGACGACAACCCAGAUCUGCACCUGUGUAGGAGGCGAAAUUCGCACCGAUCGAAACUUUACCUACAUUUUGGACUCUGCCAAGGCAGACUCUCCAGGCCAUGACAAAUCGACUGGUUUCAUCCAAGCAUGGAUCAAGUACUCCAAACCCAUGCCACCACGAGGAAACUUUCGACCAAAAGACUAUGAAGCUGCCAAGGAGGCCUUGAAUGAAGAUUACAUGCAUAUGUUUCACUACGACCAUCCGCCACCAGGUGACGAGAAAGAUGCAAGAUGA